AUGGGCGAGAGGGUGAUCACGGGCGGCGACGACAAGAAGCUGCUGCUCUGGUCCACCCACGACCGCGAACCGCUGCUUGUAAGUGUUGAAGCUAAGUGGCAACACCCUCGCCGUGGAGAGCAUGCUGCUGAGCAUUCGCUCACUUCCUCCAUCCACAUCUCUAUCUCUCCAUCCAUCUCUGCCAUCCCAUGGCAGAAGCUGAGUGGCAACACCAGCGCCGUGGAGAGCACGCUGCUGAGUCACCAGACUCUGUGCCUCCUCCUCGUGCUGUUCCACUCACUGCCUCCAUCCACAUCUCUGUCUUUGCGUCCGCAUUCCUCCCUACCCAUCCCUGUGCGUCGAACUAUGGCAGAAGCUGAGUGGCAACACCAGCGCCGUGGAGAGCACGCUGCUGAGUCACCAGACUCUGUGCCUCCUCCUCGUGCUAAGCUGAGUGGCAACACCAGCGCCGUGGAGAGCACGCUGCUGAGUCACCAGACUCUAUGCCUCGUCCUUGUGCCGUCCACUCACUGCCUGCAUCCACAUCUCUAUCUCUCCAUUAAUAUCUGCCAUCCCAUGGCAGAAGCUGAGUGGCAACACUUGCGCCGUGGAGAGUGCGCUGCUGAGCAGUCUCUGCGCCCAAUGCACUUUCGCUCACUGCCUUUUCGCUCACUGCUGUUUCUCUCCAUCCACAUUCCUCUCUACGCAUUCAUCUCCGCCAUCCCAUGGCAGAAGCUGAGUGGCAACACCAGCGCCGUGGAGAGCACACUACUGAGCAGAACAGAAGAUCAGGCCAUCUCGGGCGUGCUCAGCGGUUCUGUGAAGCUGUGGGACCUCAACGAGGGCAAAGCCGUGCGCACCCUAACAGGCCACAGGGGGUCGGCCCUCUCGCUGGACUUCCACCCCUUUGAGCCGUUCUUUGCGUCGGGCUCCCAGGACUGCACUGCCCGCGUGUGGGACCCGAGGCAGAAGGAGGCAGUGCACGUGCUGAAGAACCAUGGGAAGGGCGUGGCGUGUGUGCGGUUCAGCCCGGAUGGGCAGUGGCUGAUGACAGGCGGGCAGGACUCGGUGAUCAAGCUGUGGGACGUGCAGGCAGGCAAGGUGCUGCACGAGUUCAAGCACCACCACGACGCCGUCACCUGCCUCACCUUCCACCCACACGAGCUGCUGCUUGCUAGCUGCUCCAGUGACCGCACAUGCAAGUUCUGGGACCUGGAGACGUUCGAGCUGGUGGGGUCUACAGGCACAGAGGCCAGUGGCAUGCGCUCACUAGCCUUCACUCCUGAUGGCCAAGCGCUGCUAGCCCCCUCUGCCGACUCACUCAAGGUGUGGGGGUGGGAGCCCGUGCGCUGCUUCGACACGGUCAGCGUGGGAUGGUCCAAGGUAGCUGACGUCAGCAUUCACGACGGCAGGCUGUACGGCGCCUCGUUCUCGCACACCUGCGUCAGCCUGUGGCACGUUGACCUCAUGCAAGUGGCGCCGUUUGGAUCUAGCGCGUCAGAGAGCACGGAGGAGGAGAGGAGCCUGUCAGGCACCACCAUGGGGCUGCCCCUGCCUGCCUCUCCCACCACCUCCACCGUCUCCUCUACUGUCUCCUCCGUGUCAACGCCUGUGCACUCCCGUGCACCAUGCCAUCAAGGUGAGUGCUUUGUUCCUUCCCGCCUCGCAGCUCAGGCACCACGAUGGGCCUGCCCCUCCCUGCCUCUCCCACCACCUCCACCGUCUCCUCUACUGUCUCCUCCGUGUCAACGCCUGUACACUCCCGUGCUCCUUGUUUCCAAGGUGUCCCCCAUCAAGGGCGAGAACUCAGCAGGUCCGAGCCACAAGGCAAGCGCUGAGUCGACUCAAAAGUCAACUCAAAAGGCAGGUCCGGACCACAAGGCAGGCUUGGGGAGCUCUGGAGGGGGCAGGUUCGGGUUUCGUGGGGGUGCGGGCGGGGUGGGGGCAGGAGGGGGAGGUGCGGGAGGGGAGAGUGCGGGGGUGGGGAGUGGAGGGGGGAGAGGGCGGAGAGUGUCCGUGGGAGGAGUGGGGGAGCAGUGGGGUAGGGGUGCUGGGUCCGUGAGUGGUAGGGAGGUCAGUAUCGGAGCGGCAGGAGGAGGAGGAGGAAUGGGAAGGGGAGGGGGAGUGGGAGGAGGAGGGGCAGGAGGGGCAGCUGGGGGGGGAGGCGCGGGAGGGGCAGCAGGGGGUAGUUUCAAAGAAGUGGGGGCAAGGGGAGGGCGGAGAGCAUCUGUAUCGGGCGGUUAUGCAAUCUCCAAGGGGGAAGAUUCCUCUUCCUCUGCCAGACGAGGGGAGGGGGCCUUUGGCAAGGGCACCAGAGAGGAGGCGCAGGGAGUCCGUUCGCAAAACCCUUUUGAGACGUCUCAUAAGAUUCCUAGGGAAAACCCCUCUGGGUCUCAUAAGAUUCAAGCGUUUCUGGACGCUGGAGGGGUGGUUGUUGAUGCGACUGCACGCCCUGCACGGCAUGGGGUGGGGGAGGAUGAUGGUGAUGGGAGGUUGGGUGGGUCAGACGUGGGUGGUGGUCACCAGUCCCGUAAGAUUCAGGAGUUUCUGGAGGCUGGAGGGGUGACUGGGGCUGUGAUUGCACACUCUGCACGGCGUGGGGUGGGGGAUGAUGGUGAUGGGAGGUUGAAUGGGAGGUUGGGUGGGUCAGACGUGGGUGGUGGUCACCAGUCUCAUAAGAUUCAGGAGUUUCUGGACGCUGGAGGGGUGACUGGGGCUGUGGUUUCACACUCUGCACGGCGUGGGGUGGGGGAUGAUGGUGAUGGGAGGUUGAAUGGGUCGGAGGAGGGUGGUCACCAGUCUCAUAAGAUUCAAGAGUUUCUAGAUGCUGGAGGGGUGACUGCUGCUGCUGCUGCUGCUGCUGCUGUUGCUACAGACAGAAGUCACAAGGGCAAUCACGCAUGCGCAGGGGCGGACUCCUUUGGCUCGAGUGCUGCCGCCGCUGCUGCUGCUGUUGCUACAGACAGAAGUAACAAGGGCAAUCACGCAUGCGCAGGGGCGGACUCCUUUGGCUCGACUGCUCCAGGAGUAGCAGCACCAGGAAAAGCAGCAGCUGGGGCAGAUUCAGAUGCCUCUGCCACACCGGCAGUAGCAGCCUCUGUGUUUCCCAAUCGUGUCCAGCCAGCUGGUGUGCCUGAUGGUGGUACAGAAGCAGGCGCAUCUGCUUCCAGCACACAGGCAGGCGUAUCUGCUUCAGGCGCACCUACAGGCGUAUCUGGUGCAGGUGGUAUUCUGGGAGGGAUGUCUGGCUUCGGCGUGACGUUUGACUGGAGCAGAGCGGUGGCGACUGCAGGAGGGGGCGCGGGCAGCAGGGCGGCUACAGUGGUAGAGGCGAUGAAUAAAGUGUCUGACUGGAUCGGGUCGUUCUCUGGCCUGGAGGAUAGCUUGGGAGGGGGAGGAGGGGGCAGGAAGGAGGUGGGGUAUGCCGGAGAGAGAGGGGAGGCGGGAGGGGAGGGGAAUGGGGUUGGGAAUGAGGAGGGGAGAGGAGAGGAGCGGAGGGGGGGGAGUGAGGGGAGUGAGGGGAGUGGGGAGGGGAGAGGAGCAGGGGUGCAGAGAGUUGGGUCUGGGCAGAUUAGCGGGUGGAGUGAGGACGAGGAGGGAGAGGGUGAGGGUAACGGUGGGGAGAGGAAGAGCGAUGGUGCUGCUGCGAGUGAUGGUGGUGUUGCUAGUGGUGGGCCGGCUGUUAGGAGUGCGACUGUGGGGGGUAAAGCAUCGGUGCCAAGUCUUCGAGCCCCGUAUGCUUUGGAUGGAGAGGGGGAAAGGAAGGAGGAAAAGAAACGAGAGGAGGGUGGAGAGAAAGCAGAUAUGCACAGGUCUGGGCAGGGGGAGGAGGAGCAUUCAACAACCCUAGAAUGGAGUCGGAGUGAGGACGACAAGUACAAGAUCCGGCCGUCUAUUCUCCACCCGCCUUACGCUGUAGAGGUGGAGGAAGGAGGGGUGGAGGUCACUGCUGGUGGGGAUCGGAGAGGUGGCAGUGACAGUAUGAGGAGGCAUGGGUCUGCCGGGGAGAGGGUGAGGGAGUGCGAGGAUAGGGGCAUUGGCUUGGUGGCGUCUGCAUCUGCUUCUGCGUCGUUACCGGCAGGAGGAGUUGUUAGAGAGGAUGCUUGUAGAGAGUAUGGCGGUGCACGUGGCGGUGCAUAUUCAUUUUCCUCUCUGCCCCUUUUCCCAUCACACACACACCACUCUUUACCAUCGAAGCAGCAGAAGCAGCAAGAUGAGGAGGAGGAUGACGAGAUGAUGCCCUCCUUACCAUCCAAGCAACAGAAACAGCAAGUGGAGGAGGGAGACGAGGAGGAUGACGAGAUGAUGGUGAUGGAGAGUGUCAACGGGCGGCACACGGCCAUGCAGCACAUGCCCUCUUUACCAAGCAAGCAGCAGAAGCAGCAGCAGGAGGAGGGAGGAGACGAUGAGGAUGACGAGAUGGUGGUGAUGGAGAGUGUGAACGGGCGGCACACUGCCAUGCAGCACAUGCUGCAGGGGCGGCUGUCUGCAGUGCGCCACGUGGCAGCGCUGUGGGUGGAUGGCGAACUGCUGCCCGCCCUCUCCGCCCUUGCAGCCUCGAAAGACCUUGCUGUCGUGGCGGACGUGGUAGAGGUGCUGGCCAUGCAGGGAGGCAGGAGGCUGGCGUCGGUGGGCAUGGAGGGGGCCUUGCAGUUGCAGCCGCUGCUGCGGGCUCUGCUCGCCAGCAGCCACUCCAAGUACGUGGGAGUGGCACUGUCGCUGCUGCGCGAACUGCUGAGGGCGUUCAGUGAACCCAUCACCGCUGCUCGCACCGCCACGCACUCCCCUGGGGUGGAUCUGCACAUGGAGGAGAGGUUGCAGCGCUGCAAUGAUUGCUACGAGGGCUUCAGGGUGCUCGAAGACCAGCUGCACCCCAUCCUCAG